AUGGACUCUCUCUCUACUUGGAUUCAAUCCUUGCCUCCGCCCCCUGAAUUCUUCCCGCCCACACCAAAGGCAUACUCUACCCUCCUUUCAAUAUUCCAAUACUUUCCGAUAAUAACCAUAGCCCAAUGGCUCCUCCCCUUCUACCCACAGGGCAAAACGUCCCUCCCGACCUCUAUCCUGAAUUUCCCAGGCCGCUACGCGUGGUGCUUCAUGGAGAGCAUCGGCGCCAUGAACAUGUUGUACAUCCUCUACACGCACUUCCAGUCCAUCCCGAAUUUCCUAUCUACAAUGCCAGCCUGGAAUAAACUCCUCGUGGCUCUCUACAUCCUCCACUACGUCAAUCGCGCUUUCAUCACCCCGCUGUUUUUGGCACCCAGCAUGUCGCCCAUUCACCUGAUCAUAAUCUUCACGGCGGUGACAUACAACUACUUCAAUUCUAGCUGCCUCGCGGGCUGGCUCCUCGGAUACGGCCUACCCGUCAGUGCUUCCGGCGAACACAUCAUAGCCACCACCACCUCCGCCGCCAACACACCUAUCCACGCCUGGCUUCCCUACGUGCCCUACAUCGGCAUCGCCCUCUACUUCCUAGGCAUGUACGGCAACAUCCACUCCGAAACCACUCUCUUCCGUCUUCGCAGAGAAGAAGCCCACCGCAAACAACAAAAGGCGAAAAAGGACGGCGACGCAACCAACAGCAGAAAAUCCAUCUACGACAAGGUCUACGUCAUCCCACCGCCUACUGGCGUCUUCCGCUCAAUCCUCUUCCCGCACUACGUCCUGGAAUGGCUUGAAUGGGCCGGGUUCCUGCUCAUCGGGUUUGCCGUGGCCUCGCAGACAUCCCACACACCCUCUGCCAGUGCCAAAACACCGUAUAUUCCCUUGGCCCCGUAUUACACGCCGUUGGCAAAGUUGUUCUUGCAAAGAUGGGGCUUGCCGUUCCCGUUGCCGGCGAUUGUAUUCCUGGUGAACACCGUGUUGACCACGGGGGCAAGGGCAUCGUGGGGGAGGAAGUGGUAUGUCCAGCGGUUUGGGGAGAAGGCCGUUGCUGCAAGAGGGGGGUUUGUUCCUUAUUUCAAGUGGUUGUGA